AUGCGGUCAGUGGUGGUCUUCCAUGUCAUAUGGGGCCUCGCUGUGGCCAUCAGGGACUCCGACAUGCGGUUGGAUACGGAGAAUCUAGUGCACAGUGACGCGAACGACGAGUGUGAGGAGAAGCUUCGAAAGGCUAUAGAUGAGAAUGCCAAGCUGGUGGCGGAAAGCACCAGUCUCAGGAACACGAUGGAGGACGUGAAAGAGUUGAACGUGAAAGUGGACAAGCUGAAGGGCCAGCUCAUCCCCACAGCGCAGAACUCUUCGAAUGCUUCUGCCACGGAAGAUGGUGACUUCGGUAUGGGAUGCUGUUGUCGAGUGGGGAGGUGCCACCGAGACGAAGAGGGUGUCGAUGGCACACGGGCGGUGGAGGUUCCAGUAGAUCGCUGCUGCAAGCAGCAGUUUCUGAGUGCGCAGCGCUGCCCAUCCGGUUGGGAGAAUGCCUCGGCUGCGGACUGCACCAGCGCCGAGAUGGAGAUGCUGGAACGCUUCAACCGGAGAGCCGUGCCCAGCGAGAGCCAUCCGCAGUCAGCAUGCCAGCGUGAAUUGCUGGCAGUCUGGGGCGGCAUCCAGAAAUGGACCGAAAACCUUUCGCUUCACGGGCAUUGGAUCCACAGCAUCCAUAGCCGUCAUCUCAGUGAGACCAUCCAGGCGCGCCUCUUUGUCACCGGCUUCCCCUUCGAGGACGGGGCAGUGGGUGCCAGACUCUUUGGAAUGGCUGCGGGCACCAAGCUGCUCAUGUCUGGGAUGAAGUUGGACUCAGACGCUUACAAGACAUGGAAGAGCAAAGAGCAUGCAGGCGAACUGAACCGAGAUACCGUCCUUGGAGGCAUCCUUCUGGAGCGGCUAAAUGGCAGCGAGUUUGGAAGCUGCGAUCUCGCCACCAUGCAGACCUUUUGGCAGACCGCUUCGACCAGCUUCCUGAACGUCAACAACACCAAGCCGCUCCUGGUUGCCUUGCGACGAGGUCCCGGGCAUCUCGCGCAGUCCACCACGUGGCAGUGUCCGCCUCGUGACUUUCCAGACUGGGUGUCUGGAGCUGGUGUCACACGGCCAAAGCAUGGCAAGUUGUGUUUUUUUGCGGGGAUCCCGGAAGUAGAUACACAUUCACUUGCUUUGCCGCAAGCCUUUCCCAGGGAGAAGCUCUCCUCUCAGAUCGCUGAGCAGCUGCAAAGUUUCCGAGCUGGCCGGCUUCGCUGGGAAGAGGAGGUCACCAGCCUUACCUGUCAGACUGCCGGUAGAGACCCGACGGAGGAACAGAGGUAUCUGCCCCCGUUCUGGGGAGUGGAGAAGCUGCGCGAGCAUGGCUACAAAACCCGAAACCUCCGUGCCCUGGGCUACUCGGCAAAACAGAUCUGGGACGUUGGGUACAACGCGUCCGAGCUUCGACAGGCCGGUUUCAUGCCAGUGGACUUGAAGGGCAUGUACGAUUGCGAGGAGCUUCGAGUGGCUGGAUACAGCCCCAAAGACCUCCUCCCGGCUGGAUUCUCCGUGCAGGACCUGAGGAUUGUGAACUACAGCGCCAGGGAGAUGAAGAGUGACGAGAUCUUGGCCAAGGACUUGAGGAACGGGGGCUACAAGGCCGGGGAGCUCAAGGUUGGCGGCUACACCCUUGCGGAGAUGAUCCAAGCCGACUUCGAUGUUGAGGAGCUGAAAAGCAUCGGUUACGCGGCCAGGGAUUUCAACUUGGCCGGAGCCAACUUUACCCUGGUGAGCAAAGCGUUCACCGGCAAGGAGCUGAAGGAUGCUGGCUACAGGUGCCUCGAUCUGCACACGCUCCCCAUGGAGAAGAAGACGCAAGAGCUGAAGGGGAAUCGGAAUGGUCGUUUCCAGAAUGGUGAGGAAGACAUCAGAUGCGACUAUCUGGAGGUCCUAAACUGCACACUUGAGGACCACCAGAAGGCGAACAACUCCAUCCAUUGCCUCCUUUCUCAUCUCCACAAGGACCCCAAGACGGUGGUGGGCCAAAAAUUUCCGGCAAGCUACUUGUGCAGCGAUCAGGGUAAAGCUCUCCACAAGCACGGCAUCACAGCUUCGAUGCUCCGGGAGGCUGACUACAAGGCGAGUGAGCUUCUUCGCGGCGGCUGUCAGGUAAAGGAUCUGAUGAACGCUUACACCUGCACAGAGAUAGUGAAAGCAAACUUCUCGGUGCCACUCGAGACCUUGAAGAAGCUAGGUUGCAACGCGACGGAGUUGCUCGAAGCAGGUGUAAGUCCUAAGAAGAUGUUUGAUGCCAAAUUCCGGGCGCAAGACUUGGUGGAAGCGAGGGCAGUCUACCGCAAAGACGUCCGGCCGUUGAAAGAUGCCGGUUUCGAUGCGAAGAGCUUACACCAAGCUGGAGUGCCCACCAGAACUUUGAAGUCUGCCGAUUUCAGUGCGAUGACCUUGUUUGAUGCAGGCGUGCCCCCUGCGCAGUUGAAGGAUGCCGGUUUCGAUAUGAAGGCCUUGCUCACGUCGUUAUACAACGACAGAAAGUUCACCAAGCAGGAGGCGCUCGCCAAGCACUUCGCAUGUGCCGAUGUGAAAUCGUACUACUAUCUCGUUUCAUGUUGA